UAUUGUUAUAUAUUUAUGGAAAUUACAAUAACUUAGUGAACCUCUCCAAUGGCACUGUCCAAAUUCAUGAUCACUAAGGAAAAUUAAAAUCUAUAAAAAUCUAUUUAUCAUUCUCUGUUUUUUUUCUUCUAUAAUCACUCUACCAAAUUAUUUCUUCCCUUCCUACAGUGAGAUAAGAGCUGAUAGACACAAAAAUCACUUCUAAAUAUUAAGACAUGGCGUUCACUGCAACUCAAAUGUCUCUUGUUGUGAGUUCCUUUGGUUUAGUAUCCUUCAUUCUUGGUAUUGUGGCUGAAAACAAAAAGGCUCAAUCAGGAACCCCAGUUCACAAGAAAGGUUCAGUGAUAUGCAUCUACCCUUCUGAUCCCUCAAUAGCUUUGGGUUACCUGUCCUUUAUAUUUCUUCUGGCAACAACAGCAGCUGGCUAUUACUCAAUCUUUUAUCCAUACAAAGGAAAAUUUCUUUCACAAUCAAUCUUCUUUAGGAGCAAAACAUUUAUUGCCUUUUUCAACAUUGCUUUGUUAACAGGCGGUUUAGGUGCAGCCUUUACAUUGUGGCCCACAAUUGAAGAACAAAAUUUCCAUAAACACAAAGCUUAUCCCAUUACUACUGAAAAGUGCCCUACACCUAAGAUUGGUCUUCUAGGUGGUGGAGCUCUUCUUUCCCUUGAUUCAACCCUCUUGUGGUUGGUUGCUCUAAUGCUUGCAAUCAAUGUUAGAGAAGAUUUCAUUGAAUAUGGAGAUGAAGGUGAAAACCACUUGGCUAGAGCUGAAAUUAGUACAAGUAUUUGAUUGUUGUGAUCAUCUAUCUAUCUAUCUAUCUAUAUGUUUGAGAGUUUUUAAUUUUAUUAUCUAUGUCUAUUUUGUCCACAAGAAGAUGAACUCCAAUUGAGAUGAAUCAUAUAUUGUUUGUUUUAGAUGGUACUGGUGUGAGUGUCUUGUAUAGGUUUGGAUUGAUAAAUUGUGAAAUUAGAUUGGUUUUGUCAUCAUUGUGCUUUGCUUAAAACAUUACAUUUUUCUCUCUUGUUA